CUCCACACCUCAACUUUGAGAGAAAGUUCAAUAUCCAAAACAAAAGGACGUGGACCGGACUACAUAGACCCACUGCUCUCCUGAUUUUCACUGAAUGUAGCAACGUCUUGGACCGUACUUCAGACUUGGAUUUCGUCUUCGACUAUUUAUUUUACCUACUUUUCUUGUGAAAGUUUAUUUUAUUUAUUGUGAGUGCACACGCCACACAUUUGUGUCCUCGUAUUAUUUUCGUUUAGUUUAGAAUUACAUGGGGGUAACAAGCGUUUCAGCGAUGUUAUGAAGACUUGAUCAAUAAUUUUCUUACUAUGGAAGGAUCCAGCGGGUCGAAUUUUGGAAUUGACACUAUUUUAUCCAGCGCUAACAACUCUGGCAACCCCGUGUUAAUGAACGGAGAUUUUCGUCUCGGCGACAGCAGGACAGCGGAUUUCAGGAGCCAGGCCACCCCGUCACCAUGUUCGGAGAUAGACACUGUUGGAACAGCCCCCUCGUCCCCCAUCUCCGUCACUAUGGAGCACGCCGAUCCUCAUCUGGCGCAAGACAGCCUUCAGCAUCAUCACCACCAUCACAACCAGCCACAAAGUUUGCAGCUAUCGCCUCUGCCCCAGCAGCUUGGAGGGGCCGGCUGUGCCCCGAGGUCUGCCACCUCUUCAUUUUUAAUCAAAGACAUUUUAGGUGACAGCAAACCCCUAGCAGCUUGUGCACCUUACAGCACCAGUGUAUCGUCACCCCACCACACACCAAAACCAGAGAGUGCCACGGGCCCGGACGGGUUCAGGCCCAAACUGGAACAAGAUGAAAAUAGAAGCAAGUUGGACAAGAGAGACGACAUUCAAAGUGAAAUGAAAUGCAACGGAUCAAAAGAGGAGGGUGACCGGGAAAUCUCAAGUAGCAGAGACAGUCCGCCUGUGCGCUCGAAAAAACCUCGCAAAGCACGGACGGCCUUUUCAGACCAUCAACUGAAUCAACUGGAGCGAAGCUUUGAGCGUCAAAAAUACCUCAGCGUGCAAGACCGCAUGGACCUGGCUGCCGCACUCAACCUGACAGACACGCAGGUGAAAACCUGGUACCAAAAUCGACGGACGAAGUGGAAGAGACAGACUGCAGUUGGAUUAGAGCUACUGGCUGAAGCCGGAAAUUACUCCGCCUUACAAAGAAUGUUCCCGUCGCCGUAUUUCUACCACCCCAGCUUGUUGGGCACCAUGGACAGCACUACAGCAGCCGCUGCGGCAGCAGCGAUGUACAGCAGUAUGUACCGGACUCCUUCGGCUCCUCAUCCCAGUCUCCAGAGACCUCUUGUCCCGAGAGUACUCAUCCAUGGCCUUGGGCCAGGGGGGCAACCGGCAUUAAACCCACUGGCUAACUCCAUCCCCGGUACACAGCAUCAGCGAUAAAUAAGACGUUUACCAGAAAACAGUUUAAACACAUGUGAUGUGAGUAACUGCGCUGAAC